AUCAAAACGUUCAUGAAACAAGAAUAUUAUGAAGAAUUAUUUUUCAAAACAAUGGAGCUUAUCAAUUAUAAUCAUAUUAAUAUCAAUAUCAACAGAAUCUCAAACACAAGAAACAACAUUUUUAGAUGCUUGGCCAUUACGUCCAGUGUUUCGACAAAUACGUCUAACAUUAUUGGACAUAUUUGGAAGAACUUCUAGUACCCCACAGUAUUUAAAUUCAGCUAGGAAAAUUAAUAAAUUGCAAGAUGUGAUACCAAAUAGUUCAUCGUUUCCAUGUAACGUAAAAAACAUGCGUAGUCAAAUUCGUCCAACAAGUGUCCAUGAAUUGCGACCUGGCGAUAUUGAUGUGAUUGGCGCCAUAGGUGAUAGUCUUACUGCAGGCAAUGGCCUGGCUGCAACCCAUCUAUUACAAUUACAUACAGAAAAUCGCGGAUUAUCGUGGAGUAUUGGUGGUCAAGGAACUUGGAGAGAAUUUUUGACUUUACCAAAUAUAUUAAAAGAAUUUAAUCCAAAGUUAGUUGGUUACUCAACAGGAGAUGGUCUUUCUGUUGAAAAACAAGCUCAAUUUAAUAUUGGCUACGCCGGAGCCAUGUCACGAGAUAUGCCACAUAUGAUAAAAGAAUUAGCACGACGAAUGAAAAACGAUAAACGUGUUGAUUAUGUAAAUGAUUGGAAAAUGAUAACUGUGAUGAUUGGUCCAAACGAUUUUUGUUUAGAGAUUUGCUAUCAUAAUAAUCCAGUAGAUGAACUUGAGAAACAUCGACGCCAUAUGAUAAGUGUAUUUCGAUAUAUUCGAGACAAUAUUCCUCGUGCAAUUGUUAAUUUAGUAUUAGCACCAAAUUUAGAAAUAAUUGUUAAAUUUUCACAUCCGGGAAAUUGCUACCUGUAUAGAAGAGUAUUAUGUCCAUGUUUAUUUGGAUUAGUAAAUGAACCAAAAGUUCCACGUUUUGUAAAAUUAAUGAGCGCAUGGCAAGAUAUUGAAGAAGAGGUAGCAAAUUUACCGGAAUUCCAAGGCUUAGACUCCUUCGCUGUUGUUGUUCAACCAUUUGUUAAAUAUCUACAGUUUCCAAAAACGAAAAAUAACGAAACCGAUCACAGUUUCUUAGCACCAGAUUGCUUCCACUUUAGUCAAAAAGCUGAUGCCAAAGCUGCAAAUGCGUUGUGGAAUAAUUUAUUGGAACCCGUUGGAGAAAAAUCCACAAAUUGGUCGGAGCUGUUUAGUCCAUUAUUGUGUCCUACUGAAGAACAUCCAUAUAUUUAUACUCAUAAAAAUAGCAACCAAACUUAAAAUGUGAUAAUUUGUUUUACAAUUAAUGCCGUGAUGUA